GAAAAACAUACAGAAUCACUUGUACAGGGGGUACACUAUAGUACCACAAUUUGGAGGUGUUACGAAAUCCCUCGACUAUUGCCCGGAGUAUAACAAGCCGUUGUAUUUGUCUUUCGGCGAAUUAAACAACUGGCAUGAAGUUGGCAGGGAACUAAUGGCAGUAGUAGCCUUCCGGGACAUUAUCCUAAGGUUACAAGAGCAUUUAACACACAGGGGAAUUAGUAUCUCGAAUGUGCUUCUUAACGAUGGACCCCUUGAUAGAGAUGAUAUCUCAGUAAUAGGCCCAGUAGCUGUUCAGAUCGCUAUAAUACACUUACUCAGUUUACUAGACGUCAAAUUCGAUGGCAGCUUCGGUUGUUCUUUGGGAGAGCUUGUUUCGGCUUAUUGUAAUGAGAUUUUAACACUGGAGGAAACGAUCGAUUGCGCUUUUACCGAAUAUGAAAAUUUUAUCGGACUGGAAGAUGAGUACAACUUAAACGGAGAUACAGUCGAUACGUGUGAAGCUUCGCUAAAGAUCCUAUCAAAGGACCAUGCUAAAUCGAAGAGAGCAAAUCAUUUCAUGAAUAUUUUAAGGAAAAAUCGAUAUAUUGAGGUUGGCACCAUCAAACCAAAUUCCAUAAUUUUACAAAUAGGUAAUGGCACUUUGAAUGAUAGAGAACAUUCUGUAGUUCGUCUUUUUGGAAACGAAAGUAAGGACCACCUUGUGGGAUUUUUGACAAGCCUUGGAAGUUUAUACGUAAGCGGUUACAACCCUCAAAUCAACCGAUUGUACCCCCGAGUAGACUUUCCCGUUAGCAGUGGUACUGCUAUGAUCUCUCCUUACGUCAGGUGGAAACACAAUAGAGAGAUAUUCGUGCCAAACUUUAGCUUGGACCUGAUACGGCAGGCGAAACAUGGAAUUAAACAUUACAGGAUUGAAACGAACGACAGUCAGUGGGCAUUCGUUGUAAAUAAUGUGGUAGAUGGAAAACGUUUGUUCCCCACGACAGGAUACCUUUACAUGGUAUGGGAAACGUUCUCUCUCGUGCACGGGGUACCGCUCAACACUUCUCGCGUCUCGCUGAGGAACUGCCGCUUUCUAAGCACUACAAGAAUUCCGAAUAAGGACAGUCUGUUUUUUAGGGUCUCUAUUCUAAUUGGUACUGGCGAAUUCGAGGUAAUCCACGGCACUUCUGCAGUAGCCACUGGUACAGUUAGUUUCUUAUCCGGUAAGGAAACGGAAGUGCGGAAUUUGAGAUUACCCAGUUCGCUAAAAUCCCAUGGACUGCCAUUGAAGGAGAAAGACGUUUAUAAGGAGUUGCGUUUGCGAGGAUAUAAUUAUAGUGAAGAAUUUCGGGCGAUUGAAGAAACUGACCUCAGUGCCUCCAAAGCUUAUAUCAAGUGGCAUAAAAACUGGACAGCUUUUAUGGAUAACAUGCUCCAACUGAAGACUUUGCAGAGCGACAGUAGAUUGUUGCAAGUGCCGAUAUUUAUCUCUGAACUGAAUAUAGUGGCUGAUGUGCAUUUUGAGCUGGUCAAAGAAACUUGUAGAGAUUCAGAUACAACGCUUCCUAGUUUGCCAGUUUACAGCGACAGUACCACAGGAAAAAUAAGAUGUGGAGGUAUAGCCAUCACUGGAGUUAUAACCAAUUCAGUACCAAGGGAAAAACAUUUAAAUGAACCCGUACUAGAAAGCAUACAGUUCCUUCCGAAUUCUACGAAUCUAGACUUACACAACUCUGUCCGAGUUAACACCCACAUAAUAUUAGAGAACACAUUAGUGCAGGAACUUAAAGUCGUGGAACUUAUAGACGAUUUUUCAGACGACGAUGCAGAACUUUUAUCGCCAAUAAUAAAGUUAGUUUUACAGGAUGAACCCUUAGUGCAACCGUUGAUUAAAAUCCUGAGUACGAAAAACCUCGACAUAGAAGUUGAGGUGACAAACAAUAAAUUAGGAAAGGAGAGCAAUUGCCAGCUUGUGAUUGCUUCGAAAGUUGUUACCAGACCGGAGGUUCUGAGAGAGGCAUUUGCUGCAUUAAAAGAGGACGGUUUUAUUAUGUCCCGCGAAAAUCACAGUUGUGAGGUUAGAAGCGAUCUGUAUCCAGACAUCACGAUCGUAACUGUACACAGAACUACACUCGAGACUAUACUCCUCGUUCGGAAACGAACACCUCAGCAGAAAGCAAAUUAUAUUAAACUAGACUCUUCAGAAGAUUUUUCUUGGGUGCCAAAGGUACAAAUCGAGUUGAAUAGGAGCCCUGAGGAGCAGCUGGUGCUCUAUUCGGAAGAUUCUACAAGCGGAAUUCUAGGCAUGGUGAAGUGUUUGCGGCGCGAACCGAGAAUAAAAAAUAUCAGAUGUGUCUUCGUUAUGAACGACGAUGCCAAGUUUAAUCCCAACUCUACGAUUUACAGGGAACAGUUGAGGAAGAAUUUGGCCGUUAACGUAUACAAAAAUGGAGAGUGGGGCACCUUGAGGCAUCUGCCGUUGGAAGAUUUGAAAAUUGUGGAAAGCGAACAAUGUUUUGUAAAUAUUACUAACAGAGGUGUUAAGUGGACCGAAGGCCCACUUAGACAUGACGCGGUACCGGAUGCAGGGAAAGAAUUGAUAUAUGUGUACUAUUCAUCCCUAAAUUUCAGAGACGUUAGGAAUACCCAUGGAAAAAUUAAUUCAGAUGUAAAGUUAGAACAAGAAUGUGUCUUGGGAGUUGCAUUUUCUGGCAGAGAUAAGAGUGGCACCCGAGUGAUGGGUUGGUCCAAGGCAGAAGCCCCUAGUAAUCUAUUAUUGGUCGAAAGAAGUUUCAUUUAUCAAAUACCGGAUGAUUGGACUCUGGAUGAGGCUGCCACGGUUCCCUCAGCCUAUAUGACAGCGAUUUAUGCUCUAAUUAUGCGUGGCAAUAUGAAAAGCGGAGAAAGCAUCUUGAUCCACGACGGCACUGUCAGUUUGGGUCAAGCUGCGAUAUAUAUUGCUCUGCACUACGGAUGCAAAGUAUUUACGACAGUGGGCACCAAAACUCAGCACGACUUCAUAAAGAAGAUGUACCCCCAAUUAAAAGAUGAAAAUAUCGGCAAUUCUCACGAUGCGACCUUUGAGCAGAUGAUUUAUAAAGGAACAAAUGGCAGAGGCAUCGACUUGGUUUUGAACUUUUUAACUGAGGAAAAACUAGUAGCUUCGCUGAGAUGCCUCGCCAAGGGGGGAAGGUUUUUGCAAGUAGGAAAUCCCGACUCGACAAACACCAACCGUCUUAACCUGCUGCUCUUCGAGAAACAAGCUAGUUUUCACGGGAUCGCUUUGGACGAAACAUUCAGUCAAUUAAUAUGCUGCGAAAUUAGAAAGUUACUGAAAGCAUUAAUAAGGGAAGGAGCCGUUAAACCUUUGAACGGGCGUACCUUCAAAUAUGAUGAUGUUGAGCAAGCUUUUGAGUUUAUGACUACUCGUAGUAACAUCGGGAAAGUGCUUGUCAUGAUGCGAGAGCCCGAGGAGCAGCUAGUUGUCGCACCUUCUUUGCAGAAGUUGAGUGAUACAGCGAGGUACUAUUGCGAUCCCAAGAGGGUUUAUAUGAUCGUUGGCGGUUUGGGAGGAUUCGGUCUUGAACUGGCAGACUGGUUAGUCCUCCGGGGAGCUAGAAAGCUAGUGCUGACCUCUAGAAAAGGAAUAACUACUGGAUAUCAACGGUAUAGAAUCAAGCUAUGGCAAUCUUAUGGAACUGUGGUGAAAAUAUCAACCAUUCCCGUAACAAGUAGAGAUGGUUGCAAGCAAUCGAUCGAGGAAGCUUUAGAAUUGGGUACCCUCGCUGCUGUUUUUAAUUUGGCCGUGGUGCUCGCCGAUGCGAUUUUCGAAAAUCAAACCACUCAGUCAUUUGCUGCUACUUUUGAGCCAAAAGCCGUUGCUACAAAGCACUUGGAUGACCUUACCAGGACAAUGUGUGCAGAUUUACGGGAAUUUGUCGUUUUUUCAUCUGUUUGUUGCGGACGAGGCAACGCGGGGCAAUCGAAUUACGGAAUGGCCAACUCUGUGAUGGAACGAAUUUGUGACAAUAGGAAGCAAGAUGGAUUUCCUGCCCUAGCAAUAGAAUGGGGUGCCAUCGGGGAGACCGGCAUAGCCGCUGAAAAUGAAGAACUAGUGGUGACCGGAAGCAUGCAGCAAUCGAUUUUCAGUUGUCUAGAUGUUCUGGAUGUGUUACUCACACAAAAAGAUGCUUCUGUUGUAUCCAGUUUGGUGGUGGCGGAGAAACAUAGGUUGCAGUCAUCGGAUAAUGUCGUGGAAGCAGUCGUUAACAUUAUUGGUCUAAAAGAUGCAAAAUGUGUUAGCCCCUAUUCAACUUUGGCAGAACUCGGCUUGGAUUCCAUGAUAGCCGUAGAAAUUAAGUUAAUGUUAGAGAGACUUUUCCAAAUAUUAGUCUCUACAACAGAUUUGAGAACGAUGACUCUGGCAAGUUUAAAAGAGAUUGAAGAAGGAAAACACCAAUUGUGCCUGGAUACCUUGGAAAAAUAAAAAAAUAAUCGAAUGAAGCAUUCGUUGAGAAGAUAUGUUUAAGUAAAAAAUACAUAUAUACCCAAUAUUGCAAUGUAUAAUUACAUGUACACUUAUAAAUUAUUAAA